UGGCGGUAUUGUCGUCCUCCGUUUGUCUAUUCGCUAUGAUACGGUGGAUAGUUUACCGCUUGGAAAGCAUCCUGGAUACUCUCCUGGGAACGAACGGGAACCAACAAACAGAAGCAACACUGACAGUUUCAAUCAUCUGAUCUAGCUUACAGCCAGACAUCAUGGAUUAUGUGUGACUCACUAGGAUAAACUGAGCUGCCCCUGGGCCUGGUUAGCAUUUGACUUCCUCCGAUGAGGAGUGAGUCAGUCACUGUCCCCAACCGCACCUUGUUCUGCUGCCUGGAGUAGACCUACAGUCCGGGGACAUGGCCAAUCCACACCUGGCUAACCUGGCCUUUGCCUGGGAGAAGUACAUGGACUGUCGAGUACAAGGAGCAGAGCUACAGGUCAGUCUUCAGUGCCUGGAGAGUUUCCUGUGUCUGUUCCACUGUGUCCGCCACCUCCACAACAGCCAUGGCAACAAGGAUGCUCUGAAGUUCUGUUCUGAUAUGAGUGGGGCCAGUAACACUCUGGCGAGGGAGUUCCUCACCGACGUUCACCAGCUUUGCAGUGCCGUGGCUCAGAGGGCGGAGUCACGGGGAGAGGAGGACGAGGAGAGUCACAUGGUUGCCCUGGGCGAAUACCUGGUCAGGGGCAGGGGCUUCUUGCUGCUCAGCGCCCUGGACUCCAUCAUCGACCAGGAGCUGACCUGUCGAGAGGAGCUGCUAACCCUGCUGCUGUCUCUACUGCCACUGGUCUGGAAGAUACCUGUUCAGGAGGAGAAGGCCCCAGAUUUCACCCUGCUGUCUCUGCUGGAAGUGUUCUUGAGCCGGGAGGUGAAUGCCGCCCCCCAGAGGGCGGGGAAAGACCAGAAGACCGGUGCGUUGCACUCUGAGAAGCCGUCCCGCGGAGGCAGCAGCAGCUCCACCUGGAAGGUCCUGCGUCGCUCCCGCCGCACCGCUCAGCGCUACUCCGUAAGGGAUGCUCGUCGCUCCCAGCUCUCCACCUCCGACUCAGACGCCAACUCUGACAACAAGGCCGUCGCCGGUGGCACCGGUGGAGUGCGUAGUCGACGUUCUCGCGGUUCUACGAUCCGUGUGAGCUGCCAGCAUCACCGUUCGGAGGCUCCCUUGUUACCCUCGCCUCCUGUCCCCCCUCCCGAGAAGACCAUGGCAUCGCCUUUCCCGCUCUACCCUCAACCUCGGUCGCUGGGGGGGUCCCAGGCCACCCUGGACACAGAGACCCUGACUGACCCAGCUGCCAUGUCCAUAUUCAACAGGAUGGAGAACUCUCCCUUCGACCUCUGUCAUGUUCUGCUCUCGCUCCUGGAAAAGGUGUGUAAAUUUGACAUGAGCAUCAACCACAACCCAGGUCUGGCUGUCAGUGUUGUGCCGACCCUCACUGAAAUCCUUACCGAGUUUGGAGACUGUUGUGGUCCGGGGGGAGGAGGGGUGGAGGAGCUGGCUGGAGGCUGGACAGAGGAACCCAUCGCCCUGGUCCAGAGGAUGCUGCUAAGGACCAUUCUCCACCUGAUGUCAGUCGACGUGGGUCAGAGUGAGGCUCUACCAGACAGCCUGCGACGCAGCCUGACCGACCUGCUCAGAGCCACGCUGAAGAUCAGGUCCUGCCUGGAGAGACAGGUUGACCCAUUCGCUCCCAGAACCAAGAAGACCCUGCAGGAGGUGCAGGAGGACUUCUCUUUCUCCCGCUGGAGGCACCGCUCCCUGCUGUUACCGGAGCUGCUGGAGGGGGUACUGCAGGUGCUGUUGGGGUGUCUCCAUGCCUCCGCCCCCAAUCCCUUCUUCUUCAGUCAAGCUCUAGAGCUCCUUCAUGAGUUCAUCCAGCAUCGCGGCCUGGAGCUGUUUGAGGUCACCGUUCUGAGGCUAGAAGGGCUGGGCCGCGCCCGGGACUCUGAGGUGGGGGGUGAGGCAGCAGAUCGUCUGAAAGGACUGAUCUCCGGGGUCCUAAAGAUCAUCAGCUCCGUGAAGACCGCUAAGUCAGAGCAACUGCACCAGUCCGUCUGCGCCCGCCGUCGCCACCGCCGCUGUGAAUACUCUCACUUCCUGCAUCAUCACCGCGACCUCUCCGGACUCCCCGUCUCUGCUUUCAAACAGGCCGCCCGCCGUAACCCCUUCGAAGAGACCGAGGGGAAGGAGGGGUUGGAUGACGUGGUGCGUUACCCAGAGAGGUGCUGUUGCCUGGCAGCCUGUGCCCACCAGUGUCUCCGUCUGCUCCAGCGCCUGUCCUCCAGUGGACCAGCGGUGCUCCAGGUCCUAGCUGGGGUCCAGGCUGUGGGGAUCUGCUGCUGUAUGGACCCUCGGUCUGUAGUCGGCCCUCUCCUCCACGCCUUCCAGGCUCCAGGGCUCCGUUCCUACCAGUCCCACAUCCUCUCUGUCCUCUCCCGGCUGAUCCUGGAUCAGUUAGGUGGCGGCCAGCCCUCUGAGAAAGCUAAGCUAGCCUCCUGUAACAUCUGUACUCUGGACAGCAGUCAGCUGCCGGGCCUGGAGGAGACGCUCCAGCAGGGGGAGGUCGGAGUGUCGUCCCCCACUUUGAGCUACCGUUCCCAUGGUAUCCUCCCCAGCGGAGGGGGAGCAGAGGACAUGCUGUGGAAGUGGGAGGCCCUGGAGGCGUACCAGGGGCUGGUGUUCGGGGAGGACCAGGCACUCAGCCAACAGGUCGCGGGACACAUGUGUCACCUGAUGUUGAGAGGGAACGCUGUGGUCCAAUGGCAGCUCUACACACACAUCUUCAACCCUGUGCUGCAGAGGGGGGUGGAGCUAGUGCAUCACGCCCAACAACUGGGUGUGUCUACAGCGUGUAGCCAGGUGUGCUCCUACCACAUCCAGUGUCUACCUGUAGAGGUGCUACUGGUCUACCUGCAGACACUACCAACCCUGCUCAAGUCCAGGGUGAUCAGGAACCUUUUCCUGUCCUGUAACGGUCUGAACCAGGUGACUGAGCUCAUCUACCUGGACCAGACCCGGGCCUGGGCCCUCAAGGUGUUUGAGACGUUAAUACUUGGAGUUGGAGUGGAGCACCAGGACCCGGACCCGGAGCAUGCCGAGGCCCAGGAGAGAGAGGCCACGCUCGGCCUGGCUGAGGAGCUGGGGUCCCGUGGGGCCGGAAGUACCGCAGGUCCCAUAGGAGAGGGGGGCCCACAGAGCCUGUCUAAGUUCUACGAGUGUCUGAAAGAGGCGCACCCAAGGAGCCGGAUUGGUCAAGGGGCAGGAAGGGGGAGGGGCCGGGGAGAGACCCAUCUGAACACCAUCAACCUCUUCCUGUGUGUGGCGUUCCUCUGCGUCAGCAAGGAGGCCGACUCGGACCGUGACUCGGUCAACGACUCGGAGGAUACAUCAGGGUACGACAGUACGGCUUCAGAGCCUCUGGGAGGGAGACUCCCCUGCCUGUCACCUGACAGCGUGGCCCUGCCCUCCAAGGAACAGGUGCGGCGUGCUGCUGACGUGUGGUCGGUGUGUCGCUGGAUCUACCUGGCGAGUCCCGUGUUCCAGAGACAGUUCUACCGGCUGGGGGGACUAGAUGUCUGUUCCCGCCUCAUGACCAUGCUCAUCCAAAAACUCACCUCUCACACCUCGGAGGGCAAGGCCAAGAAGAAGAGUGAUGGGAAGGACAAGACUCCUGACUCCUCCUCUGCCACUGCCCCGUCACCAACCUCUAUACCAGUUCAGACAGGUUCAACCACCACCACCCUGGGAGUGGAGGAUCCAGGCCAGCACCCAGCUGAAGCAGUGAGCCCAGGCCAGGGUGGGCAGGGAGAGGGUAAGGGGACCCAGAAGGAUCCUUCCAUGAGGCUGGAGGAAGAGUGGCCUCUACAGAGCAUCAGAAUGCUGGAGGCCCUGCUUGCGAUCUGCCUGCACAGCGCUAACUCAGGCCUGCAGAGGAUCGAACCUGAGCUUUCAUUCCAGCUCCAGUCAGUGGAGGAGACCCUGUUAGAGGUCAGGGAUCAGCUGUCCCACUCUGGGGUCGUGAACUCUGAUCUGGCUGUGCCCCUGUUUGACUUACUGCUCCGUGUGGCCCUGGCCGAGGUCUGCUCCAGUCCCGAACCCCAGGAGGACAAGGCUGAGAGGAAGUUAGCAGUGUGUGUGGAGAGUGUGGUCCCGGCGGGGGAUCUAUCUGAGGCUGAGGAGGGAGACGAGGUGCAGGGGUGUGGUGAGGCUCCCAGUCUGGGGGAGGAGGAGGGAUACGAGGCAGACAGCGAGAGCAACCCAGAGGACAUGGCCAAGCAGGAAGAAGGUGUGAAGGUGGAGUCAGCAGGCGGAGCGGGGGCCGGGCUGGGUGGCGCGGUUGCGUUCGGGACGAAGUCCCUCGGCAGAGGGCGCCGUGGCGUUCUUCUCUUCCCAGAGAUCUGCCUGAUGGAGCUCCAGCUGCUGGCGUCAGGGUCACCUGAUCUGGAGGUGUUGGGUCACGUGUUUCACAGCCUCUUGGGGGCCGUGAGGGCCAACCCCCGCAACGCUGCGCUGCUGUACCAUCAGGGAGCGGUGAAGACCAUUCUGACUGCUUUCCAGAGCAUUCUGUCACAAUCGGAUUCCAGCUAUGAAGACUGCCAGACGGUACUGGUGGAACUGCUGGUUGCCAUGAUGAGCCAACGAAUCACAGCCGAGGAACUGGCCCUGUUGAUCCGCCUCUUCCAGGAGAAGAAUCCGCCCACUGACAUCCUACUGAAAGGCGUCCUCCAGAUCGUCCAGGCCAACGUGGACAUGGAACCUCUCUACUUCCUCUCCUAUCCUAUGAUCCUCGGCGGCGCCUCUUUCCCUGGCGGUACCUCCCCUGGCUCCCGACAAAAUGGGGGGGCGGGGGGGAAGGGGGGCGGGAUGCUGUGGAAGGGGGGGAAGCUGUCCCCGGGACGCAGGGAGGGGGAUGGAAGAGAGGAACCAGGACAUCUCAGGACCUCUCCGUGGCACGUUGCCCCGUUACACCUCCCUCUGGUGGGGCAGAACUGCUGGCCACACAUGGCCUCUGGGUUCUCUGCCUCUGUCUGGAUAAAGGUGGCUGAGAAUGAAGAGGGAGAGGGACAUACAGAGAAGGAGGGGAAGGCUCCAACGUUGGAGCCCAACCUGGGGACCAUCCCGGAUGGGCAGAGAGUGGUGGAGGAGAGCCUGAUGCACGUUCUCUCCAUGGGCUCCAAAGCUAUGAUGCUGCAGGUCUGGGCUGACCUCUCCACGGGGGUAUUCACUUUCAGGAUGUGUAUUGACCCUAAUGAUGAGAUGAAGGCGGGGCUACUGGCCCAGGCAGAGUCCGGGGAGGGGCUAGUCUCACCUGGCAGUUGGCAUCACCUGGGUAUCAGCUACACCCAGCAGCCUGAGGGCAAGAAGAACAUCCACGGACGCCUUGCCCUAUGGGUCAACGGAGUCAGGAAGUGUGAGGUGUCUCUGGACUACACGUUACCCAGGAAGUCCAGCCUGUCUUCAGACAGCAACAAGACCUUCUGUCUGCUGGGACACUGUAUGGGACACAGUGAGGACGUGACCAGACCGGGUGGACAGUACGACAUGGGCACUGUGCUGCUCUUUAACGGCUCCCGUAUCGGGUCAGAGGAGGCAUUCUACCUGUAUGCCUCUGGUCCAGACCUCACGUCUAUCAUGCCCUGUAAGUACGGUAAGCCCAGUGGGACCUUCUCCAAGUACGUCACCACGGACGGCUUGAAGUGUGACACUGUCAGAGAGCUAAUGAUGAAGAACAAGGAUGUGGACACAGCAGCUCUCAUAGAGUGUCUGGCAGUAGUGUACGCCCCCAGCAGCCCCAGGGUGUAUACCAUCUAUGAGCCAGUGAUCCGUCUGAAGGGUCAAGCUAAGCCCAUGGUGUCUCAGAGACCCUUCAGCUCUAGAGAGGUCCAGUCUGCGGUGCUGGAGACACACAUCCUCAGGACCAUGCUGCCUGCAGAACCACAGGGCCUGCAGAACGUCCUCCACAAGAUAGGAGGAACCGGGUCCUUCCUAUUCCUCUUUGCACGGGUGGUGGAGCUAAGUGACAGCGAGCAGACCCAGGCCCUAGCCCUCCAGGUGCUACUCUCUCUGGCCAAGUACAACCAGCACCGUAUCAAUGAGAUGGACUGUUACCACGGUUACUCCAUGAUACACCAGGUCCUCAUCAAGUCCAAGUGCAUCGUGGGAUACCAUAUUCUCAAGACCUUGUUAGAUGGGAGCUGUAGUAGUCCUAUCCUAACUCUAGGGGACGACGGUCAGUUCCACCUGGACACAGAGUCUACAGCCGUGGUCCAGGACAUCAAGCUACUGUCUGAGGUUCUGCUGGACUGGAAGAUCUGGGCCAAGGCGCAGGGUGGUGUCUGGGAGACUCUGCUGGCAGGGUUGGAGAUCCUCAUCAGGGUUCACCACCCCCAGCAGGUGUUCAACAUCAGACAGUUUCUCAAAGCCCAGGUGGUCCACCGCUUCCUGCUCACCUGUCAAGUACUACAGGAGCAUCGGGACGAGCACCUGACCUCCAUCCCACAGGAAGUGUGUCUGUCUUUCGUUAAGAUCAUCCAGGAAGUGUUGGGUUCACCUCCGGACCUAGACCUCCUCCGAUUGGUCUACAACUUCCUCCUCGCCGUGCACCCGCCCACUAACACCUACGUCUGUCAUACGCCUACAAGCUUCUACUUCUCACUACACAUAGAUGGUAAUCUGUACCAGGAGAAAGUCCAGUCCAUAAUGUAUAUGAGAAAUAUCAACAGUGGAUGGAAGUCAGCUGGUAGCUCAGUGGUCUCUCUCUCCACGGCCGUCUUCACUGAGGACCCUCUUCCUGAAGGUACCAUCCACCUUCAACCUCCGUCACCUGAACACGGAGGAGACGACCAGUCCCUCCUGCCCGCCAACCUGACCCCCUCACCCAACUCCUCCCCGUUGCUCAGGCCCUGUCUGGGCCAUGGAGGGGCUGGGAGCCCCAGGGAGGGCCAGGAAGGAGAGGGGGUGACUUUGGGAAGCACAGAGACUCUAAAGAGAGGAGGAGGAGGGGUGGGGGAGGAGCAGCUCCUGUCUAGCUGUGAGUCGGCGAAAACCAUCUGUGACUCCCGAGAGGGAGGAGAGGCACCGCAUACCCCGUCCAUCAGUAUCGAGGAAGUGGAGGAGGAGGGGGUGGAGGAGAGGGCGGAGGUGGAUAGUCUGGUUGAGGGCAGUGUGGGCGGUGCUGAAUCUGAGGACCGUUUCGAUUGGGCGAGCGAUGAGGUGCCACAGAGGCCGGACAGUCUGAAGGGGAUCACAUCGUUUCAGAGGAGCUCCUCUAACCUGGCCAGCCUGGGCCUGGCCUUCCCUGCCCAGAAUGGGAACCUAGCCCUGGGUCGCUGGCCCAGCGUGGCCGACCGUGGGACACUACCAGAAGACUGGGAGAGCUACUCAUACUCACCUGGAUACGAGAGGGCCUACAGCAAAGACUCUAGCAACGACAGGUCCAGUACAGAGGACUGCCUGGUGUUAAUAUGCUACGGUCUAUAUGACCUGUUGAGGGGGGUUCUGCUACUACUACCAGACCUGAUGCUGCACGAGGUGAUGGAUAAGCUGGUCCAACCUGAAGCUCUUAUCGUCCUCGUCAACCACUCCUCUCCCCUUAUACAGCAGGGGGUUAUGAAGCUCCUGGAUGCCUACUUCAGCCGAGCGUUUAAGGAGCAGAAGGAGAAGUUCCUGAAAAACCAUGGUUUCAGUCUCUUAGCCAAUCAGCUGUACCUGCACCAGGGGACUCAGGGCCUGCUGGAGGUCUUCCUGGAGAUGCUGUUUGGACGACCUGUCGGCCUCGAGGAGGAUCUAGACUUGGAGGACAUGGAGACCAUCAGUCCCUUCAGGAAGCGUUGUAUCAUCCCAGUGCUGGGCUUAAUAGAGAACAGUCUGUGUGAGAACAGUCUGGUCCACAACGUGCUCUGUAUGCUACUGCAGCUCGUCAACGCCUGUCCCAAACUGGCUGACAUACUGCUGGACCAAGGCCUGCUCUACGUCCUCUUCAACACCCUGUCGACACUCAACGGCAUGGAGCACGGUAUACCUCUGAACGACUACAAACUACUAGUGGUUGAUAUCCAACAGCUCUUGGUUGCGGUGACCAUCCAUUCCUGUUCUUCCUCUGGUGCUCAAUACUUCAGGAUCAUAGAGGACCUAAUCACACUGCUGGGCUUCAUGGAGACGUCCAAGAUGAAACGAACCCAGGAGAUGGCGGUGGCCCUGCAGUUCCGUGUCCUCCAAUCAGCUAUUGAGUUCAUAAAGACGACAGCUAAUCAGGACCCUCAGAAGCUGAGCAGCUCUGUCAACGUGCCCACCUCUUCUCACCAUGCCAUCUACCAGAAACGCAAGAGCAUCGCAGGUUCCAUGGCUAUGGUUAUGAGAGACUGCAUCAUUCCCCGUACUCCACGGCAGCACUACUGUUCGUACGGCCAGAUCCCCCUGCCUCCCCCCUUCUGCUUCCUGUCUGAGACCUCCCCCCUCCCCUCCCCCACCGACACCACUUCCUAUGUGUUCCUAUGUGACUCAGGUCGUCGUCGCUUCUCCCUGGCCCAGUCAGACAGUCUUCUGACCAGGAUGCGUUCUGUAGCCAGUGAUGAGCUGAACCAGAUGAUGCAGAGAAGAAUGAGUCAGGAGAACCCCAUCAGAGCAUCAGAGACUGAGUUCAUACAGAGACUACAGAGACUGGUGGUGCUGGCUGUCAACAGGCUCAUCUAUCAUGGUAAAUAUGGUAAAACAGGCUCAUCUAUCAUGAGGAGAUGUAGUCAUUGUUUGUGUCAUUUGUUGUUCGUAUGUAUAUGUCGUCUUUUUUCUCAUUUUGUAUCUGGUUUGAAAAAGGGGGGGAAACAUAUUAUACAACAUGACUUCCUCAUAAUGUGGUUGUUCUCCCAGGGCAGUACGGGCCGUGGUGGGGCCCCCAGGCAGCAGUGGAGGAGGAUCCUGUGGUCAUGUCGGGACACCUUCAGGGUUCAGAUCGGACGUCUCUUGGUGCACACCCUCUCCCCUGCAUUACCCCUCAGGGACAGGAAGGAGGCUCUAGAGUUUGUGUUCGACCCUGCAAACCCUGACUUCCUCAAGGAGAGCCUCAGCCCCGGGUUAGAGCAUGGUCCCAAGCUAGCCAUGUAUCUGUAUGAGAUGCUCCAUGACCAUAAAGAUGCUCUGACCAAAGAGGAGCAGAGUACUCUGGGCAAUUUCAUGACGUCACUGAAGUUGUGGGGUCAUCGCUGCAUCCCGCCCAGCGCACCGCACAAACCAGACCUACUCAAGGCUAUCAAAGAGGAACAGCUGAAAUACGAGGCGGACGAGAAGAGCAGUAAACUGGCCUGGGAGAAGAAAAUUUCCAACACACAGAAAAGUCUGAUCCAGCGUCUGGACGGCAAGUCCAAGGACAUCUCUAAGAUCGCAGCCGACAUCACCCAGAAUGUGUCUCUGAGACAGGGUAUGGAGAGGAAGAAGGUGAUCCAGCACAUCAGAGGACUCUACAAGAUAGACCUCAGCGCUUCAAGACACUGGCAGGAACUGGUGCAGCAACUCACACACGACCGUGCUGUGUGGUAUGACCAGACGUCGUACCCGACCUCCUGGCAGCUGGACCCUACAGAGGGUCCCAACAGGGAGAGAAGACGGCUGCAGAGGUGUUACCUCACCAUCCCCAACAAGUACCUGCUCAAAGACCGACGCAAGCCAUACGACCCAGCAGCGCGGGCUCCACUGUCCUUCCUGUUUGAGGAUAAGACCCACUCCUCCUUCUCCUCCACGGUGAAAGACAAGGCCACCAGCGAACCAAUCAGAUUCACCAGGCGCUGCAUCAGUGUUGCUCCCUCUAGAGAGACCUCUGGGGAGCUGCUGCUGGGGAAGUCUGGGAUGUACUUUGUGGAGGAUAACGCAGCUGACGCCCAUGACAACCAGAGUGUCCACGGGGAGACGGAGGCAGCGUCAUUCUCCUGGACCUAUGAGGAGAUUAAGGAGGUCCAUAAGAGGUGGUGGCAGCUCAGAGACAACGCUGUAGAGAUCUUCCUCACCAACGGACGGACUCUCCUGCUAGCCUUCCACACCACCAAGUUCCGUGAUGACGUGUACCACAACAUCCUGACCUCCGACCUCCCCAACCUCCUGGAGUAUGGUAACAUCACGGCGUUAACACACCUGUGGGGCUCGGGGCAGAUCAGUAACUUUGAGUACUUGACACACCUCAACAAACACUCUGGGCGGAGCUUCAACGACCUGAUGCAGUACCCCGUCUUCCCCUUCAUACUGAAGGACUACAUCUCAGAGACACUGGACCUGGGGGACAGCUCCAUCUACAGGAACCUGAACAAGCCCAUAGCAGUCCAGUCUAAAGAGAAGGAGGAUCGCUAUGUGGACAAUUAUAAGUAUCUAGAGGAGGAGUAUCGUAAGGGAGCGCAUGAUGACGACCCCAUGCCUCCUGUCCAGCCGUACCAUUACGGAUCUCACUACUCCAACUCUGGCACUGUACUACACUUCCUGGUUCGCAUGCCUCCAUUCACCAAGAUGUUCCUGGCCUACCAGGACCAGAGCUUUGAUAUCCCUGACCGGACGUUCCACUCUAUGAAUACAACAUGGCGUCUCUCCUCGUUCGAGAGCAUGACUGACGUCAAGGAGCUAAUACCAGAGUUCUUUUACCUCCCGGAGUUCCUGGUCAACAGAGAGGGUUUUGACUUUGGUGUGCGUCAAAACAGUGAGCGUGUGAACCACGUCAACCUGCCACCCUGGGCGCGGAACGACCCUCGCCUCUUCAUCCUGAUCCACCGCCAGGCCCUGGAGUCAGACCAGGUCUCUCAGACCCUCUGUCAGUGGAUUGACCUGGUGUUUGGGUUGAAACAGAAAGGAAAGGCAGCUGUACAUGCCAUCAAUGUAUUCCACCCUGCUACGUAUUUCGGUAUGGACGUGUCGUCAGUGGAGGACCCGGUGCAGCGGCGUGCUUUGGAGACCAUGAUCAAGACGUACGGACAGACGCCCAGACAGCUGUUCUCUGCAUCCCACAUCAGCAGAGCUGGACCCAGACUCAUUAUGGAGGGAGAGCUUCCCGCUGCCAUGGGCCUCCUGGUGCAGCUGGCCUUCAGAGAGACCAGGGAACAGGUCAAAGAUAUAGUUUACCCGAGUCCCCUGUCCUGGAUCAAGGGCCUGAAGUGGGGUGAGUAUGUGGGCUCCCCCAGCUCUCCAGACCCUGCAGUGUGUUUCAGCCAGCCCCAUGGAGAGAGGUUUGGGUCUCUACUGGCUCUCCCUACCAGAGCCAUCUGUGGACUGUCACGCAACUUCUGUCUCAUGAUGAUCUACAGCAAGGAACAAGGUGUGAGGAGCAUGCACAGUACAGAUAUCCAGUGGUCUGCCAUCUUGAGUUGGGGCUAUGCUGACAACAUGCUGAGGCUAAAGAGCAAACAGAGCUCUCCACAAUAUCACUUCAUACAGUGCUCUCCACUCCACCAGGUAACAGCGUGUGCCUGGGUGUCUGAUGGUUGUCAGCUGUUCCAUACGGGCAGUAGGUGUGGAGUCAUCACAGGCCUAUAUUAACCUUUUCUAUCAGUCACACCUACAGAGAUGGAGGUAGAGUCUCGGGUCCACCUGUAUGGCCACAGCUCUGAGGUGACCAGCCUCCAUGUGUGUAAACCAUACAGCAUCCUUAUCUCUGUGUCCAGGGAUGGAACAUGCAUCCUCUGGGACCUCAACAGGUUGUGUUAUGUCCAGAGCCUGACAGGUCACAAGAGCCCGGUGACCGCAGUGUCAGCCAGCGAGACCACAGGGGACAUCGCUACGGUCUGUGACUCAGUGGGCGGGGGCAGUGACCUACGGUUGUGGACUGUGAACGGCGAUCUGAUUGGCCACGUCCACUGUCGUGAGAUCAUCUGCUCUGUGGCGUUCUCCAAUCAGCCGGAGGGAGUGUCUGUCAACGUCAUUACAGGGGGACUGGAGAACGGAGUGGUCAGGCUGUGGAGCACGUGGGACUUAAAGCCAGUGAGAGAGAUCACCUUCCCCAAGUCGAACAAGCCUAUCAUCAGCCUGACGUAUUCAUGUGACGGUCACCACCUCUACACAGCUAACAGCGAGGGGACGGUCAUGGCCUGGUGUAGGAGAGACCAGCAGAGGAUGAAACUGCCCAUGUUCUACAGUUUCCUCUCUAGCUACGCUGCCAGCUGACAGACUAGGGCCUUGAACGACUACACUACCCACAAUCCUCCUGAGAGACAUGAUUACAAUACCCAUAGUCCUUUUCUGACGCAUGGCCCCAGACUACCCUGAGAGACCGCAUGAGGGACAGAACUACAAUACCCACAGUCCUCUACUCUUAUGGCAGCCCCCCAGACCUGCUGGCAUGUUGAGUCAGAACUACAAUACCCAUAGUUAUCUUCGGACACAUUGCUCCAGACUACCCUGGGACAAAACUACAAUAACCACAGUUCUCCAGGCGGACAGAACAGCCUGAACCUCUCCAUGAGCAGUCAGUCCCCUUCUCUGCCCGGAGGCAGACAUGUCAACAUGCUGCAGACGACCAAUCGAAGCCCUCAGCUCAGACCCUAAGACCCACCUCCUGUAAUCUACAGCCAUUUCCGUGCGAGCAGACGAGCGGCUGUUAACAUGAAGCUAAGAUAUGAUAUUAAAGAGAUCUAGAUAUACAUUUUAUUUGCUUUUGGAAUGUUUUGGUUUUGUUGUCAUGGUAAUAAUGUUCCUUCCUUCUGAAAUGUGUUGCUUGAUUGGUUGUUUGGACUGUCCUGGUGAGCUGCUGCUACAUAACAUCUGACCAAUCCCAAGUCAGACCAGAAGGCUGAAGGCCCCGCCUCUGCUAGUGUCUGACCAAUCCAAAGCCAGAGCAGAGGGUUGAAGACCCGCCCCGUCUCUCCUCGACGGCCAACGCAUGUGUCUCUCUGCAUGAGUCACCUGACUGACGGCUCUUAUUCCUGAGAGACCAGGACAAGCUGCAGUUACAGGGUCACACUGCAUAUCUGUCACCUACCUGGAGAUGACCCUGCAUGGUCCUGUGGGGACUGAGAUACCCUUCCUGUCCACUCUGAACUCUAGACUACGUAAACCAGCGAGGGGGAUCUGGGAUGACGUGGAUUGUGUUGCCUGUAAUGUCCUGGUCUGUGCCCUAAAGGCCUCUUCUUGCAUGCUGGAAUUAAGGAGACUGCGAUGGAUGGGUGCAGGUGCGUGUGGGUGUGUGUGUGAUAGCUUGAAAGAACUAACUACAUUGUGUUCCUGCAUUGUAUCAAUCCUGUUUCCUGCCUUGUAUCAAUCCUGUUUCCUGCCUUGUAUCAAUCCUGUUUCCUGCCUUGUAUCAAUCCUGUUUCUUGUGUCGUUUUGUUUUUGCAUUGGCUUCCUUAAAGUGUUAUUUCUUAUUAUCAAUGAAAGCUGAGAAUGA